GUAAUCUGUUGUGGAGGCAGCUGGAUAGUUGAUGUGCAGUUGAGCAGAAUUCAUCCUCCGUGACUCGUGGUGGUUGCUCAGCACAUUGAUUACCACUAAAUGGAUGCCGGUGGCAGCUGAGCUCAAGUGAAGAGCAGCUGAGCCUGAGCUGUUGAGCUCUGCUCCGACCUCGAUCCGCCCCAAUUAAGCCGCCCACGCGCAGCCGCAGCUAUAACCCCGCGUCGCCUCCUCUCCUCCGCGCCAUCCCGAGAUCCGGCCGGCGGCACCAGAAGCGGAGACGAUGGCGGCAGUGAAGCGCGCCUACCUCGCCGCCUACAACUGGGCCGUCUUCUUCGGAUGGGCACAGGUGCUCUACUUCGCGGUGGAGGCGCUGCUCCGGUCGGGGCACGAGGGCGUGUACGCCGCCGUCGAGAGGCCGCUCCAGCUCGCGCAGACCGCCGCCGUCCUCGAGAUCCUCCACGGGCUCGUCGGGCUGGUGAGGUCGCCGGUGUCGGCCACGCUGCCGCAGAUCGGGUCGCGCCUCUUCGUCACCUGGGGCAUCCUCUGGAGCUUCCCCGAGACCAGGACACACAUCUUGGUGAGCUCAUUGGUCAUCAGCUGGUCCAUCACCGAGAUUAUUAGGUACUCUUUUUUCGGCACAAAAGAGCUGUUCGGAUCUGCGCCAUCGUCGCUUCUAUGGCUUAGGUAUAGCUCGUUCCUAGUCAUGUACCCAACCGGCAUCAGCAGCGAGGUUGGCUUGAUAUAUAUCGCAUUGCAGUUCAUCAAGGCAUCGGAGAAGUACUGUGUUAGAAUGCCCAACAAAUGGAACUAUUCAUUUGAUUACUUCUACGCAUCAAUCCUGGUACUCCUAGUCUACGUUCCAGGAAGCCCGCAUAUGUACACGUACAUGCUUGGGCAGCGCAAGAAGGCGCUGGCAAAGUCAAAGACCGCGUAAAUCUUAUUAAUACCUCAUGCAAUAUUUGGUGACAUAUCAUUGUGUUUCUCAUUUGCACCAGAAAAUCGAAAGUAUGUUCUUGUUCGGUACCAGCUGUAGUGAAGGAUCCUGAAAACUCUGUGUCACGUGAAUGUGUUUGUUGGUGAAUUUGCAAUUGGUUGCUAGCAACGUCCAAACAGUAAGCACAUCCACAUUUUGUUUGCCG